CUUUAACCUCAGUCGACUCGUCUACUGUAGCUGCUUUUGCUAAAUCUCUGACUGGAAUCAUCCCGCUUGAUUGUAAUGAGUUUGAGGAGCUCAACGAUGGCUGGGACUGCACUGGGAACCGGCUCUUCCCUCCUGCUCCUUGUCUCUAUUAUACAAGGGCUCCGGGAUGGUGAGGUGUUCCAUUAUAAAAUGAUGGAAGCAGUAGUGGGCCAGAAUAUUUCCUUGCCCUGCCUUGUAAAAAACACUUCUAACCUCCGGAUUGUCAGUACUGAAUGGAGUAAGACGGGCAGCGAAACAAAAAAGCUGGCACUCUACACCCCAGGUUUCGGGUACAACCUGUUUAAUAAUACUGCCAAGCUCCAGAUUGUGAACGAUGACACAAAUAUAUUCAGGGGCUCCUACCUACAGCUUCAUGGGGUGAACAAGAGGGACAGUGGCACCUACGUUUGUGAAAUGACAAUUUUCCCUCUGGGAUCCUAUAAAAGAGAAACAGAAAUAAAGAUCAAAGAUGCUGAUGAAAUUAAAUGUGACAUGAAUAGCACUAUUGAGGUCGAAUCUGGAGAAAAUGUGACCAUUCACUGCACAGCGUUCCAAAAUGCUCAGUACAGAUGGACCAAGAACAAGAAACUGAUAUCAGACCAUCAGUCUCUGAAGCUGCUGUGGGUUACUGACGCUAAUGCGGGGGUUUAUACACUGACAGUCAACACAGGAAACCAAAGUCUACAUACAGAGUUUAUCAUCAUAGUGCGAACAGAAACCACAAGCUUAAAGACAGGUCUUGUGACAUCACAGUUUAAUGUCACUGGAGGUCCCAGAACCACCACUAAUGUUCCAAUCACAACUGGAGAGCAAACCAUCUCUGUCACAAAUCAUACACAAAGCAGUCCCACAUCAUUCCCCAUCACAUACACUGAACCUCACCAUUCACAAAAUGUAACCUAUCCUGCAAUUAGCACCACACAUAUUACAAACACAACCCUAAUUUCCAAUCAAUCUGCAACCACAGAUAUCUCCGCUUCGUUCAUUUAUGGCAGUACAGUGUACAGCACUGCACAGCAAAUGACUGAUAAUGAGACAAGGUCCACAGUAAAUACAGUGCAUCCAGAAGACAGUAGCUUAACAACGUCGAAGGAGCUCAGCACUCUGGGAAACAACACAGAAAAUCCUGAUGCAACACCGACUUUGAGGGCAGGAAACACAACAGACGUCAACAAAGAUGACCCUGGUGGACGAAGCCAUCUGUUGUUGAUGUUAAUCAUCGUUGCAGUGUUGGUAUUGAUCAUUGUGGCUGGCAUUCUCUGCAGGAGAAAAAUUAUAAAGCAGAGGAUGGAUCUACCACCGCCCUUCAAACCCCCUCCUCCUCCAGUCAAGUACAGGGCUGCAAGGACCACAACACAGCAAUUCCCCACUUCAAGGUGUAACUCAGUAACAGAAUUUAGUGACUUUAGACAUAUUUAUUAAUAUGUAAUCAUGAACAUGUGGCAGUUAGUCAAUAACAUGCAGUGAGUUAAGGAAAAACCUUAUCUCAGGCAGUUGUGCAGAUGUGAGCUGUGCAUAUAAGUGAGGUAAAAGGGUGGGAAAUAGCUAUUGAGUGCAUAUUUUUGGUUUGAUUUUCUUUCACUUAAAAAAAUGCAUAUUCUGUGAAAAUAUUGCAUUGAAGGCAAUAAAGUUGAUUAUAAAAUCUUUAGCAUUUGAGAAUAAAAACUGAUAAAUGUGA